AUCACCUCCCUGUAUUGGUACACUACAACGAUGGGUAACGAUGGUGGCAGUAUCCCGACUCGACGCGAGCUAGUCAAAGAAGCGGCCAAGGACAAGACCACGACACAAGUCAAGGAAGUGCAGCACGAGCAGCAGGAAUACUACUGGACCACAGAUCCCAUCUCGAGAGAACCUCUGACGCAGCCGGUGGUAUCGGACUCUUCUGGGAAGUUGUACAACAAAUCGACGAUAUUGGAAUACUUGGUGGAAAGUGCGCGGAAAGAAGAUGCCGAUACCAUCACGCAAGGCGCAAUAAAGUCCCUGAAAGAUGUGGUCGAAGUCAAGUUCGAGAUAGACACGGCGGCAACGAGCAGCGUUGUGAAGGGAGAAGCGUGGAAAUGUCCUAUCACUGGCGAUAAGCUGGGUCCGGGAUCGAAGGCGGUGUAUUUGGUCCCAUGCGGACAUGCCUUUUCUGGCAGCGCCAUCAAGGAAGUGUCCGGGGAGAAGUGUCUGACUUGUGAGUCAGAGUACGCGACCAACGAUGUCAUUCCCAUCUUGCCUACUGGAGCGACAGAUAUCGCGAGGCUAGCAUUCAGAGUGAAGACGCUGCAGGAAAAGGGACUAGCACAUUCGUUGAAGAAGAGCAGUGGUGGAAAGAAAAGAAAAAAGGGAAAGGAGGAGAAUGGAGAGGUCGAGGAGAAGGUGAAGAAGACAAAGGAAGACUCAAGUGGUAUCAACAACUCCUCUGCAGCAAGCAUUGCGGCCAAGGUGUUGAAGGAGCAGGAGUUGAGCAAGAAGAAGAAGAUGCAGAACGAGAACGUGAAGAGCCUCUUCUCAACGAGAGACCAGAGCAAGCCGAUUGGGAAGAGUGCCGACUUCAUGACGCGAGGCUUUUCAGUGCCUUCGGAGAACAAGCGAUGAACGUGAUAUCGACAAAAUUGUCUUGUGACGCUCAUCGAUCGAAACGCCAGGAAGAGAACAUGAUCCAAGCACUGUAUGGGAAAAAGUCUGACUGCCGGGACUGAAGUCCGCAAAUAGCAAGCAGAGUCCCUAUCUGAAUCAGAACCAUUACUAGGGCUUCCCUACGGACUCUGCGGGCCCCGCUAAGCACUCUGCCCGGGUGUGUCGUGCUCGGGAAGCCCGCAUAACCAUUCCAUGCGCUUUCUUCGUUGUGGUUGGAGGGAUAGCGGUUCAGCUUUCUGCGUCCACGAUGCGUUGCAACAUCGCAUCAACUUUGCGACCUCCCGCCUUGAUAGGCACGGUCUUAACAUAAGCAUUGCUGUCGAAAGUGUGUUCCUCGUCUGCCAGCUUGUACGCAAUGCGGACUUCAGUCAGAUUGGCCUUCCCGAACAUCAAGAGCAUCUGGUCGAGCUCUGUCUCUGUUUGGCGCGCGCUCCAUCGUGCGCUUCAUGCAAGCACUGGUCUGAUCAUAAUGUCGUUAUGGCAAAGGCUGAUGUACGCGAGACUGAAGCCGAGCCUGCUCGUGAAGAAUGCGUUCAAGGGAAUACGGCACAGGAUGUUUCGAGAUCCUCGGCUGCCACUGCGAAGGCAAGUGAAAGGCGAGUACGAUCAUUGGCAUCGUGCAUAUUCUCUUGCAUCAGCUUCGCCCUGCUAGUUUGCAGAUGCUCAUUCUGUCCCGAUUGGUAGGGCGAUGCUCUUGCUGCGAUGCUACUCAUGUGUAUGGGGUCCCUCAAUGAGCAUCGUUUGGUAGCUCUUCGAUCUUUCUGAAGCAAAGUAUCUUCUGGCUGACCAGAUGUGCUAUCAGGAAGUUCUCGGUCCGGUAUGCCCCUAAUGUGGAACCACAGCACUACAAUACCUUCUCCGUCCUGCAAACACGAAUGACGGCUCGCAGUCUGUACUUGCCAAUGCUCAGGUCUGGUUUUAUUCGGACAAAAUUCGGGUCGGUCAUUUUGAUCUCAGUUUGACGAUCGAGCUUGUCUGACCCGCGAAUCCUGUCGUUCAGCCGAUGUUGAAUUCUGUUUGGCAUGUUUGGCGCUAUGCUCACCAGGCUUGGCAUUUCCACUUCGGCGUGAGAUCCACAUGUCGUUGUAUCGUCGGUUAGUCUUGGUCUAUCCUUCUCAGUUGGGUUGUUGGAGCGCCUCGGGUCAUCUUCAUCACGCACAUGCCCCAGCAAGGAUUCGUGCCAGCUGAAGUAUCACUAUAGAUUUUAUGUCACGCAUGCAAGGCUGUGUUACUAUCCGGCCCCCGUCGUGAAGAGCACUAUUCGAAAAGCAUUUUCGAUUGAGACACAGUUGAAUGUGCCGUGCGUAGUCCAGUGUAGCAGGGAGCGGUCGAGGUCAAAGUGCACUAUGCUACGCCUGCAGAAGCAUAUGUAGGAUUUUGCGUCAUGCAGUUAGCCGACAGCCCCGCCCCGUCCCCUCAUUGCUGAUACUCGGCCACUCAUCACUUCACAGUUGAUCUCUGAAUCUCUUGGCUCUCUAGCACAUGUACUAAAUCGUCGCACGCCUGCACCAAAGGCUUCUCAAGUGCUACUAAUUUCGCGAAUGCCUAUCGACAAUGCAAUUUCUGGGCGGCUCGCCCUCGUCACAGGGGGUUAGACAAACCGGCUAGUGUCGAGAUUUCAUGCUGACCGAACUCUAGCAUCUGGCGGCAUAGGCGCAGCAUGUGCUCGGGACCUGUUCUCUAAUGGAGCAUCUCUGGCAUUGACUUACUACACUCAGAAAGGUUCUGUAGAUCAAUUGAUCCAAGAACUGGAACCGCAUGCUGCCGGACGCAAAAUUACUGCCCACCAAGUCGACAUGACCAGACUCUACGCGGAGAUCAAGGCGCAGCAUGAGCAAGGCCCAGAUAUCUUGGUGGCGAAUGCUGGCUACGGAAAGCGGGUGUCCGAUAUUCUCGACAUCGACGUAGCCGAAUGGGAUUAUACCAUCAACGUCAAUCUGCGCGCCAGUUUCGUACUGACCAAGUUGGCGGUCGCACAUAUGAAGGAGAAACAGUGGGGUAGAAUUAUCUACAUCUCCAGUAUUGCGGCC